UAAAAAAUAUUUUAGUAAUUACAGUUAGCGCACGGACAGCCGUAUAGAGAACAAUCAUUAAAUUAGAUUUAUUAUACCUACCUACUUGCAAACUCUUUGGUCAGAUAUAUUUCCAAUAAAAACAAAUUAUUUUAAACGUCAGGUUUCCAUAUAUAUUAUAAUUCUCUUUGCUCUUUGCGUCAGGGAAUAUCAUCGCGAGGAUUAUUGUACGAAAAAAAAAUAUUUUUAUUUUUUCAAUACGUUCUCAAGUGUCAAGUGGUCAAUAUUAAGCAGUAGGUACAUUGCAUUACGUAGACGAUUUUGAUCAUGCCCUGCGGGAAACGGCCCCUCAUUAAAACUUGGGACAAGCCAAGAAACAUAAGGGUUAUUACACCAUCGCGGUAUGAACAAGACGAACCGUCCGUGAAACAACACUGGAAGAAUGUCUUAAAAUCGUUGGAAUUAGCUUACAAAGAUGAUAAGUUCUGGGAAUCGCAAUCUGAAGAAGUAAGACAGUUGGUUGGCCCAGUUAUUUUCCACCGGUUGAGCAAAAUAUUCGAGUUGCCGCCCGAGGCUACACAUUAUGAGCCCAAAGCCGACAUUACUUCUUUGGUCCCCUCCGAAAACUUCUACAGGGCGAGGUCCAUUGGCCAGCUAAGGUCCCGUCCAGCAUUUUCGGCCAGUGACUUUGAGCCUUCGUUUUAUGAGAAGGGUGAUGAAUUCGGAGAAGAGGCACAAGAGGAACAAUCGGAACAAUGGAGUCUGUCAUCCAUCGCUCAUAGCGCUGAGUUAAAAAAGUCUUCCCGCAUGAAAUCUAUUCAAAUGGUCCGAUCAAAAUCUUUAACAAUUUCUAAACUUUUCUCCAAAUCGAAAUCGUUCUCCAAAUUUUUUUCAAAAACGUUAAUGAAAUCAUACUCGAGUAGAAUGAAGAGCAUUAGAUCAGAACUUACUUCAACCGACGAGUCAACGAGAUCAGGAGACGACUUAGAAGUACAUCUCAGCAGUAAAUUCAAACAACCUCCAUAUCAAAAGAGAACAAAAAAUCCACACUACGAAAUGCUGUAUUGUAAUAAAUCCGAAAGUGACAUGAUCAAGUGGAAUUCAAAAUACAAACAAAAGGCAUUCGAUGUUUCAGCUGUUGAUGAAUUUAGUAAGAAAGCUGAGAUUACAACGAAAAAGAUCGCAAAAGAUUUCUACGACUGGUGGGUGGGGUUAGGCAACGUGGAGUUUAAAAGCGAAAUCAAACAACCGGAAGAUAUUGAAGAACUGUUCCAAGUUUGGUUCGAUGAACACGCUUCGCGCGGGCUCGUAUUGCAUCCAAAGUUAAUUCCUUGCGUGCUCCAAACAAUAGCAGAUUACGUGGGGAAACCUGAGUUGGCGUGCCCGAAGGUCUUGAAGAGGCAGGUUGCUUACGACAUCCAUGCAGAGACCAGUCCGGCACAUGAAAAGGCAUUCAAUACAUGCCUGCCACAAAAGAUGAAGCACAUACCACCACGGAACAAUACUGCGUUGAUGUGGCGCGGCGUUCAAAUACCUGAAGACUUGCGGUCUAUGUCGUGCGUGUGGGAAGAUAUACAGCAUCUCACGUCAACAAAAGCGUUCCACAAAUGGUUGCAGCAACGCCCUCACUUGCCCAUGCCUCCAUGCCUCAAGAAACUCGAUGAGCCAGGAGACAGGAAGCAGCUGUUUGUCGUACCCUCGGACUAUGUGGGACGAGAUAAGAGUGGUUCACCAUCCGCCCAGGAAUUAGCUCUGCCCGUCUCUCAAUUCUCUAUUGAACUUAAAGAAGUGCUUAGUAAGCUCAUGAACCAAUAGAGACGUAAAACUGUGAAUGAAUCAAAAUCGUAAUUGAUGUCAUUACAUAUUUGGAAAUUAUUCGGAACGCAAAUAUGUAUGUUGAAUUAAUUGAAGACUUACUUCUUCAACAAUAAACGUCAUUAACAAACGGAAAACUGAUUAGUAUAAUCGUUGAUGGAAAAUUAUUGGCAAAGCUCAAGGUAGUCAAAACAUUGCUUAAAGAUUUAUUACAAUAACAUCCAUACGCAAGCAUAUUAUUAGUUUCGAUGUUUGGGUGUUUAUACUCAAUGGAUAUUUAUAAUAUUUAUCAACACAUAUCUAUUGAUUAGCGUAACCCGUCAUGGUCAUUUUUAUAAAAGUUACUACCUGUAAUCAGAAUUUGUUUGUUUAUAAUUAAUGAUUACCAAAGAAAUAAUUAAAGUUAAUUUCCUAAAUAUUAAAACAAAGAGGAAAUACUCGUCGACCAUAAACCGAUCACGAUAAUUACACCGACAUUAAAGAUAUGUUUGACGAUACCGAUAAUUGAUAACAAUACUUCUAUAUUUUUAUAAUUCAUUUGCAAUCUAAAUCGCACAAACCCAGAGUUACGCAUGCUGUGUGCAGUGAGUCGGAAAAUGUAUUAAAUAUUAAAUAAAUACGGGUUGAAGUGAUUUAAAUAAAAUUACAAUGACGGACACCAACGUACAAACUCCAAGCAAAAAAGAACUAUUGGACGAAAUAGUGAAUAGAAAAAAAUUGGGUGACAAAAAGUUUCACUCGGAAUCUUCGCUUCAACAAUUUGGAGAAAAUGAAGAGACUAAUGGUUCAGAUACAAAUCAGGACCCCGGUGUCCUAAAUACGUCAAUUAACAGUUUACCAAAUGCAGAAGAAGAGUUGGAGAGAAAGCGGACGAUGUCGACGCCUGGCCCCGUGUCUGGGAGUCUCUUGACCGCGUCAGCUGCCAGGGCCGCACGUCGACGUCCACAGAAAAACGUCAUGUAUGCGCCUGAACUUGAAAGAAGUGUAAGUCCUUACAAUCUUAACUCAGUUCAAAAUUUUCAUAUACUUAUAUUUCCUGUUUCCUCUUCAGAUUACAUAAAAUCAACAAUACAAGAAUGUAACGUAAACUCUAAAGUAUUAAUUUUAUUAUAUUGCACCAAAAUGUAGGUAUAAUUAG